GGCAAAGAAACCAACAUGAUGAAGUGGCUCGUCGUUCUCUCUGCCCUCGUGGCCUUCUCCGAGUGCCUCGUCAGGACUCCCCUGAUCAAGGGAAAGACUGCCAGGGAAGACCUGCAGGAGAAAGGACUCUGGGAAAAGUACAGGAAGGAGCACCCAUACAACCCAAUGGCCAAGUUCAUCCAGACUGGAACUGAGUCCAUGACUAAUGAUGCUGAUUUGGCCUACUAUGGUGUGAUCUCCAUCGGCACACCUCCUCAGUCCUUCAGCGUCAUCUUUGACACCGGCUCCUCCAACCUGUGGAUCCCCUCAGUCUACUGCUCCAGCCAGGCCUGUGAGAACCACAAGAAAUUCAACCCCCAGCAGUCCUCCACCUUCAAAUGGGGCAACCAGCCUCUGUCCAUCCAGUACGGCACUGGCAGCAUGACCGGAUAUCUGGCCAGUGACACUGUUCAGGUGGGCGGCAUCUCUAUUGCCAAUCAGGUGUUUGGAAUCAGCCAGACAGAGGCUGCCUUCAUGGCCAGCAUGAAGGCUGAUGGCAUCCUGGGUCUGGCCUUCCAGAGCAUUGCCUCGGACAACGUUGUGCCCGUCUUCGAUAACAUGAUCCAGCAGAACCUCGUGUCCCAGCCCCUGUUCUCCGUCUACCUGAGCAGCAAUGCUCAGCAGGGCAGUGAGGUGAUCUUCGGUGGUUACGAUUCCAGCCACUACACUGGUCAAAUCAGCUGGAUCCCUCUGACCUCUGCCACCUACUGGCAGAUCAAGAUGGACAGUGUUACCAUCAACGGACAGACCGUGGCCUGCUCCGGAGGCUGCCAGGCCAUCAUCGACACCGGCACCUCCCUGAUCGUUGGCCCAAACACUGACAUCAGCAACAUGAAUUCCCGGGUUGGAGCCUCAGCCAACCAGUACGGAGAGGCUACAGUGAACUGCCAGAGCAUCCAGAGCAUGCCUGAUGUCACCUUCACUCUCAAUGGAAAGGCCUUCACCGUCCCCGCAUCUGCCUACGUCUCUCAGAGCAACUAUGGCUGCAGCACUGGCUUUGGUCAGGGUGGCUCUAACCUCUGGAUCCUGGGAGACGUCUUCAUCAGGGAGUACUACGCCGUCUUUGAUGCCCCGUCCAAGUACAUUGGUCUGGCCAAGUCUGUGUAA